UUUUCUCUUUCGGUUGUCUUGUUUUCUCCAAUGAAAUGUGAAAGACCCCUCCCGUUUUUCCACUCCACCUUUUAUUUUAUUGUGCUCCAGUCCUGUGUGUGUGUGUGAUAUUUUCGGUCCUGCCCCCUGACUCUGUGACGCGGACGGGAAAGGGGACAUCCAGCACCCCCGGUGGGGCAGUUCGCGAUCGGAGCCGGACUGGAGCGACACCCGGCAGCUGCUCCUCCUUGAGCUUCACUAGUUCCUCGCAUCAUCAUCGUCGUCAUCAUCAUCAUCAUCAUCAUCAUCUUAGCGCAGCCGGAGGAAAUCUCAUCCUCAGCGAACACACGGAAAAAUUCAAAGGGAGCUGGAACCAGUUAACCCCUGACUUCACACACCUGAAUCCCAGGAUUCCCAGUAAAUCCAGCAAGACCAAUAAACAUGAGCAGCAACUACAGUGUGUCCUUGAUGGCCCCUGCGCCGUGGGGCUUCCGACUGCAGGGAGGGAAGGACUUCAAUAUGCCCCUCACUAUCUCCAGGCUGACGGAUGCAGGUAAAGCUGCCAAGGCAGGUAUUGCCGUGGGAGACAUGGUGCUGUCCAUUGAUGGCAUCUCCACCGAUAGCAUGAACCACCUGGAGGCCCAGAACAAGAUCAAGGCCUGUACAGGCAAUCUUAACCUCACCCUUCAGAGAGCCCCCAGUGUUCUGAACACCACUACCGUUGCUGCCAAGGAAGAGUCCCCGGAGCUUGUAAAACCUGUGCCCAUCGCUUACCCACAUCCAGUCAACUCGGCAUCCUUCAGCUCUGCCCCUAGUACCGCCUACAAUAAAAAAGCCAGACCCUUCGUGGGCAGUGGCAGCAAUGGAGCCGCGGUGACCUCCAUCCCCUCGGCCUCCUCCGCCUUUACUCCCGCCACGUCUGCCCAGAGCUCUCCUCCCCAUCUGCCUUUCACUCAGGCCAGGUCUGGCCCCUCCCCUUCACGCACCUCCCCCACAUCAUAUGCCAAGCCUGCCAUGGGACACACCCACCACCCUGCUCCUCCUUCCCCUGGUGGAAUGUCAUCAUCUCCCUCUGCUCCUGUCCCACCACAUCCCUCUGUCUACAACACUCCCAUCAACCUCUACUCCAAUGAGAAUGCCUGCGAGGUGGCCAUGGGCCAGAGGCGGGGGCUGCUGGAGAGCCAAAGCGGAGUGAUGAACCACAAUGGCGUCUCCCGGAAGCACAUCGUGGACAAGGACAUUGAGUUCUACCACGUCCCGUCCCACAGCAACGCCAGCAAGAAGCGCCUGAUGCAGGACACGGAGGACUGGCGGCCUCGCACGGGCACCUCGCAGUCCCGCUCCUUCCGGAUCCUCGCCCAGAUCACCGGCACCGAGAACCCACAAGUGGAACAGACUGAAGCGGCGAAGAAGACAAAUGAGGUGGUAGACGAAGCCGUGUCCUGCGCUCAGACUACAUCUCCUGCGAAGACCAUGACCAAAAGCCCUAAUGCUGGACCUCAAAAUGCCAACUCUUUCACUGUCAAGCGCACCAGCAGUUUGGCAGACCCUGUACAACCGAAACCCGGUGCUCAGAAGGGCCAUGUGACCCCAAAGGGACCUUGUCCCACCCGACCAGCCCCACAACCGCAUCCCAAAGAUGAGGACUCCCUGGUGCAGCGUGCGGAGCACAUCCCUGCUGGUACACGCACGCCCAUGUGCAAUCACUGCAACAUGGUCAUCAGGGGCCCCUUCCUGGUGGCCAUGGGAAAGUCAUGGCACCCCGAGGAGUUCAACUGCGCGCACUGCAGCACCUCCUUGGCGGACCUGGGCUUCGUGGAGGAGAAGGGGGCCGUCUACUGCGAGCACUGCUACGAAGAGUUCUUGGCCCCCACCUGCGUUCGCUGUCAGCACAAGAUCCUGGGGGAAGUGAUCAACGCGCUGAAGCAGACCUGGCACGUGUGCUGCUUCUUGUGCGCGUCCUGCCAGCAGCCCCUCCGCAACAACACCUUCCACCUGGAGGACGGGGAGCCCUACUGCGAGAGCGACUACUACAGGCUCUUCGGCACGAGCUGCCACGGCUGCGAGUUCCCCAUCGAGGCAGGAGACAAGUUCCUGGAGGCCUUGGGCUACACCUGGCACGACACCUGCUUUGUGUGUGCGGUGUGCUGCGCAAGCCUGGAAGGUCAGACGUUCUUCGCCAAAAAGGACAAGCCCCUGUGCAAGAAACACGCUCACUCCGUCCACAUCUGAGACGGCAGCGAUCGCCCCUCUUGGGAGGGUCCAAGAGGACAAAAAAAAAAAAAAAAAAAAAAAAAACACAAAAAUGUGUUCUUUUGGCUCUCCGUACGCUCGUUCAAACUAUCGAUUUCUCUGGCGUGUGUGGACCGUAUUUAGCGCAAAUAUUUAGUUUUUAUCGAGAUGUAGCCCUAUCUGCUCGGCUAACUGCCCUUGGAGGUGUCCAUUUCACCACAUUCGCUGAAAAUUUGACCAGGAUACAAAGGAAUCAAUGAAGGACGGCGAAUUUUUAGUGACGGCGAUGCUGUCGUCCACAUCGAAACCCGUGUCUUUUAGUCUUUUUCAUUUGCAAUUUAUUCAAAACCCGCUCUGUGACGGAUGUACCCUGGGUCAUCCCGCACCGAGCUUCAGGGACAGGAGGACUUGAGAUCAUCAAGACCUUGCACUGGACAACCAGUUAGCUGUAAUAAAGUUUACCGAAAGCCAUCUCAAAAAAAUAUAAAUGAUGGUAUGCGAAGAAAAAACAAUCAUGUUUCUCAUUUUCCAUUUUGAAAGGCUGUGACUUACCCUUCAGCUCACACUGAUGGGAAGUGGGAUGCUGGGGGUGUACGGAAAUCAGCGGGGCCCUUGCGGUGAAGAGCAGCACUUGUUGUUUGUGAGAAAAAUUCCCCGAAGCACACGCGGCGAAAGAGGGAGGGUUCGGAUCCCGCGGAGCGGCGGGCUUUUCCCGAAAAGGGGGUCGGUUCAUCUCCAGGGGAACGUGCAAGAACGGAGGGAAAGGAGAAGGCAGAGCAAUGAAAGGGAUAGGAGCAGAAGGGGUCAGAGCAGGAGCGAGGCAGAGUUUCCCCUCUUUGGCGGAGAGCUUGAGCCAAACCAGUGAGUCCAGCCGGUCCCCCGGCGCCGUGGCUCGCUUUUGUCAGGCUCGCUAUCUGAGAAACGGUCGGCCACAAACAUGCCACAAUGAACCGCUUUGAAAAAUGCGCAGACCGUCGAUGUGCUUUUAUUUGGUUAGUGCUGCUUUGCCCCAGUAAACAUUCGUGCAAACCGUUAUGAAAGGCAUCAGUGUGAAAAGGAGACUUCUACCUUGAGCCUGAGCUGCAAAGUCAACUCAGCUUACAGCGUUCGCGGUCGUACCUCACGUACCAGACGUUUUCGCCGGUCGGCUCCGCUCCACGCGCCCUGCUUUUAACACGCUGGCAGCGAAAGGAAUUUGCACCAUACCCACUAACAGCUUUCACUGCAUCAAAAAUGAUCAUAAAGCAGCAAAAAUGCUGAUUUUACUGAGGAUUGCAGAUCCUCCCCUGGCUUUCGACUAUCCGUCACCCUUUAUUGUUGCGCCAGUCUUGUUAUUCUGAGUCCGAGUCAUUUAUUCGGAAUAAAUAAGCGCUGAAUGCUAAUUAGGUGAUACCCUACAAAUGCAUUAAAAAGAAGCUGUUGCGAUAGGUUCACAUGGUGCUUAAAGACUACGACUUGUAUGUUGAAGGUUUCUGGUCGUAAACCUCGAAGGGGCCUUGCUGUUGUACCCGUUUGUAAGGAGUAAGGAUGUCUAAAUUACUGAGGUUAAAUAUUCAGCUUAAUAAAAUGCUUUUUUUUUUUUUUACAAACACAUUGUUAAAAGUAAUAGAUGUAUAUGCUGGCAGAUCUAUUUUUUUUGGGAUUCUGGGGGAUUUUUAAAGAAUUUUUUUUUGUGUAUUUACAUGUUAAGCACAGUCAGGACUAUCAGUUGGGUUGUUUUUGAAAGCAGAGUCUGGAGCGGCUUAUCUUUGGGAAUCCCAAUUAGGAAUUUUCAUUUUUUUGGUCUUACUUUGGGGCUUAAUGUUUAGUGGCUCAAAGAUUAGCAGCUUGGAUCCUGAUUGGUUAGUCAAUGAGCAUGUUCUUUGUAUUUAUUUUGAAAUAAAAAAGUUGUACCUGGAUAGCAAAGUGUGUCUUCAGUGUACACACACACACACACACACACACACACACACACACACAGAGACGGUAAUGUGCAGAAGAGUCAAGCGCUAUGCACUGGGUAC